UGCCUCACCAACACUUAUUGCUCAACUUUCAAACGUUUUGUAAACAUGGCAAACGGAAGAACACUCCUAGCCCUUAAUGGCGAGGAAAUACCCGGUAGCCCAACCGACUUGCGGGCAAGGGCUCGAGAACACAGUCGAGCACUAUCGUUGCUGGGUUUCCAAGAAACAACGUCAACUAUCGCAGCGUCUACUAUGCGGAAUGAGCUUAACAAGCUUGUUGACAUGGUCCCAGAAGGGCCUCAGCGGGAAGCUUUCACUCUGGAAAUGGACGGAUUCUACGCACUCUUUGUACGAUAUUUGGCUCAGAAAGCCAAAAGCCAAACUCUAAAUUGGAACGAAGUCAAGUCGCCGGGGCCAGGCGUGAUCAAGUUGUACAAAGACCUUCCGAAAGUGGCACCCACGGAAAAAUCUGGCGUCUUGAAUAAACUAGCAGUUCUGAAGCUGAAUGGUGGGCUAGGUACCACAAUGGGUUGUGUGGGACCCAAGAGCGCCAUCGAAGUCAGAGACGGGAUGACCUUUCUCGAUCUCACGGUUCGCCAAAUCGAGUACCUUAACAGCCAGAACAAUGUGGACGUGCCGCUCAUCCUAAUGAAUUCCUUCAACACCGACAGUGAUACCCACCGCAUAAUCCAAAAGUACCGCGGCCACCAAAUCAAGCUCCUGACGUUUAACCAGAGCCGAUUCCCCCGUAUCUCUAAAGAUUCGCUUCUACCAAUGCCAAAGACCCCCGAUGGUAAACCUGGAGACUGGUAUCCGCCUGGACACGGUGAUCUGUUCGAAGCACUCGCAAACUCUGGGCUCUUGGAUCAGCUACUUGAACAAGGAAAAGAAUAUUUAUUUGUCUCUAAUGUUGACAAUUUGGGCGCCACAGUUGAUACCACUAUUUUGAACCAUCUCGCAAAGUCCGGCGCAGAAUUCAUCAUGGAAGUGACCGACAAAACGAAGGCGGAUGUUAAAGGUGGUACUCUCAUUGAAUAUGAGGGGACGGUACGGCUCCUGGAGAUUGCUCAGGUUCCAUCGGCAUAUGUAGACGACUUCAAAUCUAUCAAAAAGUUCAAGAUCUUUAACACGAACAACCUUUGGAUCUCCUUGAAAGCUAUCAAGCGAAUCAUCGACAAUGACGAGCUAAGCAUGGAAAUCAUCGUAAAUCACAAGACAGACGCCAGCGGCGAAAAGGUCAUCCAAUUGGAAACAGCCGUCGGAGCAGCGAUCAAGCAUUUUGAGGGGGCUCACGGGGUCAAUGUCCCCAGAAAUCGUUUCUUGCCUGUGAAAAGCACAUCGGAUCUCUUCUUGGUCAUGUCAGAUCUCUACAAACUCGAACACGGCGAGCUUACCAUGAAUCCGUUAAGGCAAUUUAAUUCCGUUCCACUUGUAAAGCUGGGUGAUCACUUCAAAAAGGUGGCUCAUUUCUUGUCGCGGUUUCAAGGAACACCACAUAUCCUUGGGUUGGAUCAUUUAACAGUAACGGGCGACGUCACCUUCGGGCAUGAUGUUGUACUUGAAGGCACCGUCAUCAUUGUGGCGAACCAUGGAUCAAGGAUUGAUGUACCAUCCGGCUCUAUUUUGAACGACAAGGUAGUAUCUGGCAAUUUGCGAAUUUUGGACCAUUAGUUGGACACAGUAGAAGUACUACGUAUGUGUGUUAUUGAAGCUGGUCUUGGAACGCAUUUUGAAAAACUUUAUGGUACAUUUACGGAAUCUCAUAUCGCUUUAACCAUACGCCAUUUACGCUAAAAGCGGUUUUCACGCUUGAUUGGUAAG